AUGACAACCCAGGCUGCCGAAAGAUCUCUGCUGCCACAGACCGCGCAAAUGCAGAGCUUCGUGUUCGCGCCGCCAGCUAUGGCGCCGCGCGUGAAUCAAAAAAACUACGUGUUUGUGGACGAACACAACCGGCACAAAAGGCUGAAAGUCAUGCGAGCGUGUGAGGGAUGCCGCCGCCGCAAGAUCAAAUGCGACGCCGCGACGACGAACUCCUGGCCGUGUGCAGCCUGCAUCAGGCUGAAGCUCAACUGCGUUCCUCCAACCGUGAGCUACGAGAAAGAUCCUGCCCCUGGCACACAUACGUUUGAGUUGGAUACUACAGUAUAUGACGACUCUGGUACCGGCAUUGUACAGGAUUAUCAAGUCAGCCAAGAAAGCCUACAUCACAUGAGUGAAGAGUUCCACCCUUCAAUCUCACAUGCUGUGGAGCAGUCUUACGGCUACCACCCCACGGGGUACAACGAUCUACCCGCUCAUCACAAUGCCAUUCCAUACGGAAAUAUAGCGCUUCCAUCGACAAGCGCUCCGGAAAUGCACUAUCAGUCUCAACCAGUCUAUACCGGGCCUCCGGCGCAUCAAUCAGUGUCGGCAGCUAGCGGGGAUGAAGCUUGGCGUAGCGACGCUCAUACCGCUAGUCUCACGAAAGCUAUGGGCGACCUAGAAAUAGGUCACACCGCCGUCGCACCCUACAUAAUGAAGGAGCGUAAGGGAUGUGGGGACGAUAGACCUGUUGAAGAACAGCAGGUUAUUCUACCGCAACACGUCAACCAAGAUUCUACUGUCCACAUUCCGCCGGGUAUGAUGCCCAGUCCAAAGCAAGCUAGAGAAUACUUCGACUACUUCUUCAUAAACAUCCACCCGUAUGCGCCGGUGGUUAAUCCAGCAUGGUUCUUGGAGCAAUGGGAAAACGACCGCAAUGCUUUGUCGCCGCUUUUGCUCGGGGCUGUUUUCGCCUGCUCAACACUGAUGCUAGGAGAAUCUGCGAAUGGGAACCAGUGGCUUGCUCUAACUUCAAGGCAUGAAGAGAGUUAUAGAGACGUACCACGGCUGAGCACCAUUCAAGCCAUGAUCCUGCUGCUCAAAGCCCGCGAACACCAACCGAAACGUGGAUACUUUUAUCGAUCCUGGAUGACGGUUGUGAACUGUGUGAUAAUGGCCAAAGAUCUCGAGUUAGAUGAGCACUUCGAGCUACACCAGUCUGGAAAGCACUGUAACUUCACUCUUGCCGAGUGCGUCACGAGGACAAGAGUGUGGCAGAAUCUUUUCGUUCUAGAAAUCAUGAUCGGUGGUCCUCAAGGUCGCAACGAUUUCGGUGUGGAUGCCGAUACCAUCGACCUCGAUAUCCCUCCGCACUAUUCCGGGCAGGCUCGCUCCGAGGCUCAGGUCUCCCGCCAGUUCACCUACCUCGCCCGCAUUGUGAAGAACAUUCAGGAGACAACCUACAUGCACUCGAAGCUGAAGAAAAAGAAGAAGGACUGGGCCAUCGACCCUGGCUUUAUACGGCAUAACGAAGACUUCACUGCUUGGCUAAGAGACCUGCCUCAGGAUCUCCAGAUUGUGUACCCUGAUGAUGGAUCUUCCCCGUGGAUUCCAUCGCACUUCAUCGGAAACAUGCAUUGCUACUACCACCUCUCGAUCAUAAUGCACCACAGACCACAGCUUCACUACUUACAGGAGAACUUUGACGACAAGUGGAAAAGUCACAUGCUCCUAUGCUACUCUUCGGCGAAGAGCAUGUGCAGAUUACAAGAAUCUAUUUUGCAGACUUGGGGUCUCCCGGGCCUCAUGUGCAUGCAGAGAGGCAUGAGCUUCACGAUGUACGCGGUGUUGACCUGCACAAUGCUGCACCUAGUUGCCAUCACUGCUCCAGAACCCGAGCUUAAUGCUGACGCGCGCGACUUCUUCGUUCGCCAUAUGCGAAUCUUGGAACAAUGCGCACCUUGGUGGCCCUUACCAGAGUUGCAGGCCCAAGUGGACGCCCUCCGCGAGGCAUUCUCUGCCGACAUCAAAAAGCCGUUUGAGCUCAAGCCGUCGUUCCCUCUUGGCAGUCCGGCAGUUCUCAACGAUCCGUCUCCGUUGAAUUCCGAUGGUAUGUACGGCCCGCGGGUUUCCGGCCACGAACCGUUACUGGACACUCCAGGUCAAGUGCCGAGCUAUGCCUAUCCCACAACACCGCCAAUCUCCGCAACCGGCACGGAUCACCCGGCUGACUCUCCCGUAGUUCAGUCGCUGGCCAUGAUGGCGACCAGCCAACGGCAUCCGUACCAGCCCUCAAGUGUGCCCGUCCAAGAGCCGGUGCAAUGGAAUCCUGGCAAGAUCUUCGAUCAAUGGAACGCAGCCUUUGGUACGCCCCCUCCAAGUUCUACAUCCCCGUGCUCCCCUCCUCUAAGACCGCCCGCUCCAGGAACCUAUGAUCUUCGGACGCCGCAGGAAAUGCCGCACCACGGUUCCUACCAGAGCCUGGGCUACUCACCCCAUGACAAACCUGCACCGCAUAUCCCAGCCCAGGUGUCGCCACCGGUGACAUAUACGCCGCAAUCGGCGUCUUAUGUCACCCCGAGCAUGUGGCAAGAGGUCGUCGCCAGUUCAUUCGGCGACGGUCUCAAGCGGCGUUGGGAUUAUGGUGGCUCUGGAAUCAUGGAUCAGGGGCAGGGAGCGAAGCGACGUGGAUGA